AUGAGGAGCACAGACCAUGAUCUAACACCAACAGGUCAUUUGAAAAGGCCAACCAUUGCUCAGGUGUGCGAGUGGGUUUUUAAAUCGUGGAAUCGUGUUAAGACUGAAAUUGUCGUCAGAGCUUUUAAAACAUGUGACAUCAGUAACACGUUAGAUGGCUCAGAAGACGACAAUCUAUUUGAUGAUAGUGAUAUUUCGAACAGCAGUAAUCCAGAACCAGAAAUAAUCUGGUACAAAGGAGACAAGGAGCUCACCAAACCUCUUGAACCGACUAAGUUUGAAACAUUAAAGGAUGGCAAAGUUCACGCACUCAGAAUAUACAGAUGUACGGAAAAUGACGCUGCGGUCUACCAAGUUUCUGCCAGAAACGCAAAGGGAAUCGCCAUCUGCUCCUCGGUUUUGCAAGUUGGUUUGGUCACGGAAGCUCAGGUGAAGCAACGGAUGAUGCAGAAACUGGAAGAGAGAAAUCGGGCCAAGGAGGCGCCAAGUUCUUCUCGGAUGAAUGGUUGGAGAGGUCGCGGCGAUGACGGCUUGGUUACAACAGCUAGCAUUCACUUGCACCUGGCUGAGCGUCGAGCACGGCCGCCGGCUGAAGGUGGAGAACAAGGAAGCUUAGAGAGGCGCCCAGUUGGAGUUGCGGCUUAUGAGAACAGUCUGGACGAGGCACAAGCCUCAGCUGUUACCCGCCGCCCAAAUACGGGCAAGAGGCACCAGCUGAACGAAAUCCCGGAGACCGCUGCUGGGUCGCAAAUGACCCUCUCAGUGGGAGAUCAGAGCUGCAACACUCGCCUGGGCGACUUUUCUGGAGCUGCUGUUCCAAGGAGAAGGAGAAAACUAUCUCGAAUGUCUGACUUUAGUUGCGACGGUCUCCCAAGAGAUGCCGCCGAGCCGUGCAGCCCAUCAUAUCUCAGUGGAGCCACGAGCUCCCUGACCCCUGAAGACCACUAUUAUUUGGACUUGCUGGUGUGUUCCGAUGUUCUGACCGAUGAUGACAACGCGGCGUGGCGAGGCAAACUGGAAACUGCCGCUCAUUUGUUGCUAUCAGCCCAGAGCGAGGAGCCUGGAACUGACCCGGUGAAACUGACCGUCCACCCCGCGCCCCUCGGCCACCCUGCCUGCAAGAUGACGACCAUAGACCUGAAUGGAUCUCCUCGAUGUGAACCAGAAACCGCGGCUGUAGGCAACGAGGGCACGGCAUGCUCCACCCGCACCUCCACUCUUAUGGAAAGCUCUUGGACAUCGGAGGAGAGUCGCGUUCGUCCUGGUAAGGGAGGAGCUCAAUCUUGCCCUAUCCCACCUCAGUUGCCCAUCGAGGUCGAGACUGCCACCCAGAAAGGGAAAAGUUUAAAGCGGUCACCAGCUUCAACAGAUAAGGUCAAAGAGAACCACGUUGGCGGAAAGAGAGACGAAUGGGUCUCGGGCAACCGAAUCGAUUUGGACAAGGUGGACGGAGACAAAACAACUGAAAUUAUAAAGGGGGAGGUUUUGAAGAAGGAAUUUUGGCUGAAACUUUCCUCAACGGAAGACAGCCCAGAGGACACUCGCAGUAGCCGUGGUGGAGUAACAACACUGUCACCCGGCGGAAUGUCAGAUACAGGCGAGGUGUAUAACUCACUGCUGGGGACAGACACCGCGCAAUCGCCGGCUCUUAGACUCAGCGCGAACGAAAAUCGCGAUAGCGCGACUGACAGCAGACCCCAACACGCAAGGGGACGGUAUGUCCAAACUCCGCCGAGUUUGAAAAACGACACAACUCGCAUGGAACAAGAGUGCACUCAUGAUAGAGAAGAGACGGCGAUGAGCUCUGAGGAAAAAGGGGACAGUUCUUCAGACAAGGAUGAAGUACAACUACUCGUAAAAGAUGAAGCAACAAGCUUUAUUAAAAGCAUUACAAAUUCACUCUUUGAAGAUAAACCUAUGGUUUGUGUGGAGAAAAAGACAAAUCUCUUGCCUCUGGAUACCAAUGUAACACUUUCAUCGACACAAGAUAGUCAUGACCAAGAAGCUGCUUGUCAAAGACUUGAGACCGACUCUGAAAUUUUAAGUUAUCCUCCAAUACUGGACAGCGCAGUUUCACAAAGCAAUGAGUUUAAAGAUAAAUAUCAGGUUCAGGUUUUACAGGGGAAAAAAUCAAAUCUUAUUUCAAGAGAAAAUAAGCUAUUUUGCACAUCAAAAGAACAUCAAGGAAGCAUUUAUGAACCAAAGCUUGAAAGCACAAUGCAUUUUAUUGACUCUUUAAAAUUAGAUUGUUUUAUAGAAAGCGAGAAGUCAGAUCUUGGUGAGAACACUUCCGUUUGCAAAAAAGAACAGGAACCUUUGAAAAAUUUGUCAGAAUUAUGCAUUCAUAAUAAGAACACAGAUCAUCAAUCUUCAAUUACAUCUGAAGGUUUUGAAUCUAACUUAUUGAACAGCAAAGAUGAAAGCAUAGAUCUAUGUCUGGGUAUUCUACCACAUAUAAGCACACCUGCUCAAAGUAAAGAUAUCUCUGAACCAUUACAUAUUAGCUCCAAUAAGUUUCAGGACAAUGAAAAUAAAUCAAAUGAAGAUUCAAAUGACUCUUCCUAUUGUGAUACUAGUGAUGCACUGAGAGAUGAUGAAGUCCCUUUUCAAGUCAGUGAAUGUUUUGGAAAUGAGUCCAAGCAGGUGGAUGCACACAGAGAUGAUUUUGAACAUUCUGAAUCCAACUUCGGGGUCAUAGUGAGUGACUGUAAAUUAGGAGUGAACAAAGAGCUAAAUGGUCAAUCUGAAGAAUCUGUUUUGGAGAAUGAAUCUAAUCAAACAGAGAGUCCCGAUGACCAUUGGUUGCCGUCGGACAGAGCAGAAAUUAUCUGUGCUUUAAAUGCUUCCGAAACUAAAGUGCACAAAGAGCAUAUAUCAACACAUCGGUCAAUCAGGAAUGACCAAAGAGCAGAAAAUGAAGCUAAUAGUUGUUCAGAUUCUCCUAAUAAGAAUGAAAUGCUAGAGCUUCAUAAUAAUAAUGGAAUAAGUUCUCCAGAAACAAAUAAAUUAACAGCUAUUAAACUUGAUGUUAAACUAACAGUUGAACAUCCUAUAUUAUUUGAAUACAAUUUAGAUAUUCCAUCGAAUCAACUGAUACCAAAAUAUUUAACCAUCGACAGUGAAAAUAAUGGCUCAGAUUAUCCUUCAAAUAAAAUGGAAAGUAAAACAGAAAAUGUUCUUGCUGAACCUUUCGUGCGUAAUCAUCAAGAAGCCAUCACAUCACCACUUAUAGAUUGCGAAAAAAUGCAAUUUCAUAAGCCACCUCUUUUAGAAAGUACUUGUUGCAACAGCACAGACAACAGGAUUAAAAGUAAUGAUAAACAGUUCUAUAAUUCUGUUGGUUUUCCAUUAACUGAAAAUGAAUAUUCCAACACUCGACUGAGAACUGAUCAAAAUUCUGAAACUAUGUUUCCUUUCAAACAUUUUGUUGAACUUCAGAACUCCAAUGAACCGGAAGUGGUUAAAUCAGAUAACUUAAAAUCAUCCGUGUCACAGCUAGACAAAAAUAUUUCUCCCUUAAUAGGAACAAAUGAACAAAGAAUUAUCAACUCCAAAGAGAAAACAGCAGUGAAGGGAAUGGAGCAUUCUGAAUAUCCUACCCACAAAGAACAAAGAUCAUCUAUUGCUCAUCCAGUUGUAAAUGAUCAAUCUCAUGACAUUCAGCAAAUAUUCAGACCAGAUCAAAACUCAAUGAAACAUGUAGUUGAGGAUAUGAUGGAAGAUGCACAUAGAACAUUGAAAACUGUGAGUAAUGUCCAGACAAUUCCAAUUAACAACUCAGAACCUUUGUUAUUUAAUAGACCAAACCUAAAUCAAACUAAAAUAAUUUGUUCCACAUUUCAAAAUAAGAGCAAUUUUCGAUGUUUAUCAAUACUAGAACCAGACAAAACGAAAGCUGUGGAGAAUGUCCAUGAAACUGGCAUUAAUCCUUCUGGAAAUAUUAUGUGUUCAUUGAAUCCUUCAUUACAUAUUGACGAGUCUUUAUUUCCAAGCCCAACUGGCCAAGUUGAGAAGUGCGCAUUGAAUCAUAACAUCCGUUCUGCAGGGUGUGACAGUGAAUUGGGUCAUGAUCAUGUAAAUAAUAAAACAACUUCAUCCAAGAAUUUGGCAUCUCUUAAGCCCUCAGUCAGUCCAAUAGAGGCUAUUCCAUCAAAGACUGAACUGGUUAAAGGUAUCAACAUUAGAUCACCAACAGCAGAUUUGAAUGAAAACAUUAAAAAAGCAGAAUAUGUGCCCGUGCUCAAGGCAAAACCAAGUGCAAUAUCAAACACCAUUGAAAAUUACAAUAAAAUUAUGGAAUCACAGGCAAAAGGACAAUCUGUCAAAUGUAGGGAGAAAAAAACUGUGGCUGUCAUUGAAGAUGGCACUAAAACUGUUCAACAAAAAUAUUCUGUUCACCUAGCAUCUAUGAACAGCAGAGGAUUAAGCAUAAUUGCUCAACAAGUGGCAGAUCAGAUAAUGAAUGUUAAUUCUACUGCUGCAGAAAAGUGUAGAGAACAUAAGCAAAGUCAUCUGAUCAAGUCUACUGACCAAAUUAUAGUACCUGGUCAUCCACAAGAAGACACUAAAGUGGAUAUUGACGAUGAAUCUGAAGUAAAGAUUUUCCAAAUAUCUGCAGUGCCCAGCAAAACUAACCAGAAGUCUUCAGAAGUAUCCAAAAUUGAAAAUGUCACCCAGACUAAAAAUGACAAUCAGGCUAAGAUCCCAGGCACUGAGACAUGGAAUAGGUCAUUGGAUGAGGCACAGAAGAGAACUACUGAGCCCAAGCACCCCAUCUCCCUGCAAAGCAGAUCUUUGUUUAAGAAGAGCAUUCCAGCCACAGAAUCACCCAAUACAGCUGUUAGGAUUAAACAACGUUUCCCAGUGCAAUCAAUUAAAGAUCCGAUGAUGUCAGAUGGACGGAAAAGUUCAAAUUUCCUAAACUCAUCCAGGGACGUUGCCUCUGAAUUUGGGAUUUUAUUUCCCUCUCAGAAUGAACGGCAGAAAAAAGAAGUUAAGCAGGUGCUGCCAGUUGACAACAUAAAGCUCACAUUAGAUACGAACAAAUAUGUGCAUUCUUCAGCGGGAAAGGAAAAUCUUAAUAAAAACACCAUUGUAAUUAAAAGAACAUUUCAGAAGACAAAGGAGGAACCAGCUUACAUGAAAGAGGAGAAGGAGGUGGAAAACGUAAAACACUCUCAGAAGGAGGAACAUAAAGAAUUGGAUCCUGUUCCACCUCCAAAACUGAUCCAAAAGAUCCGUGCGGAAGUGUCUCCCGAUAUUCCAGGAAAUGUCAAACUAUGGUGCCGGUUUGAUGACAUUCAUGCAGAUUCCACCAUAAUAUGGACAAAAGAUGGCGUGAUAUUAACUAAGGGAGAAAGGAGCGCAGGAGAUGUCACUCCAGUCUCUUUGGCAAUAGUUCAAACUACUAAGAAAGAUCGAGGGUUAUAUCAGUGCACCUUGAAGAAUGUGCAUGGAAGUGUGUCCUGUGAGUUUGACUUCACCACUGAAGUUCUGAAUGAGCUUCUUAAUUAUCAAGCUGUUGAAGGAAAUUCAGGCAAAUGGGAAGAUCCCGGCCUAAGUGCUCCACAGAAAUCUGCUGCAGAACCACUGGAAUUUAAUCAAUUAAAAUCAUGCAACUUAUCAACGCAAAGAGAAGGAGAGAACAUUGAGUUAUUACAACCCAUCAUUGAAAAGGAGCUCACAAGUGAGUGUAAUUUUCAGCCCAAGAUACAUGGAAGUAUUGCAACAGACGAAUUGCAUUUUGGUGAAGGAUUGCACAGAAAAGCAUUUCGGACAAAAGUUAUUUAUGGCCUCGUACCUCUGUUCGAUCCUGGACACAGCUGUGUCUUAAAAAUUCACACUUCCAUUUCAUAUGGGACCAAAACAAAGAGCGAGAUCAUACAACGGAACUAUAUGUUGGCUGUACAGGAAUGCCAUGUCCAGAACGCUGCUCGGCAAUAUGGCAACAUGUUUUCAGCAGUGGGGACACUAUUAGAAGGCUUUGGGGAAGCACCCGAGAUCAUUCCCAUAUAUCUCAUACAUCGCCCAGCAAACAACAUCCCUUACGCAACCGUAGAAGAGGAAUUAAUAGGGGACUUUGUUAAGUAUUCAGUGAAGGAUGGCAGAGAGCUGAAUGUUGGUAGAAAAGAUUCUGAAGCUGGUCAGAAAUGCUGUACAUUCCAGCACUGGGUAUAUGAAUGGACAGAAGAAAAACUCCUUGUUACUGACUUGCAAGGUGUAGGAAUGAAAUUAACUGAUAUUGGAAUAGCAACUUGCAGCAAAGGGUACAAAGGAUUUAAAGGAAAUUGUUCCAUUUCCUUUAUUGAUCAGUUCAGAGCUCUUCAUCAGUGUAAUACGUACUGUAAAUUGAUGGGUCUGAAAUCUCUGAAGGAAUCACAACUCAAGCCCAGGAGGAAUCCGCCAAUGAAGGCACCACUGUCAAAACCUGCCCCGUGCGCAGCAAAGAAAAUGCUGGUGAUCCCACGAAGCACAAUAAGGAACUUCUCAUCUCAGUCAAAGAGCAUAUCAGGAGACAGAACUAUUCCAAAACAUUUACAGCCCUGGAAACAUUGAUGCCUGCUGUCUUAUGAGCCAUAUAUCUUAUAAUUGCUGUUACAUUGUAUUUCAUUGUCACCAAUGAAGCAUUUUGUCAAAUUUACCAACAAUUAAUUAAAUAAAUGCAAGGGUGACAUUAUUUACCUUAUCAUCCAGUAAGGAACUGUAUGUGAAGGAAGCAAAGUAAUUAAAUACCAUGCUAGCUAUACCUAGCUCUAUACUCCAUUCAGGUGUGCCACGAUGUGAGCAUGAGAUCAGUGAAUGUACAUCCGUCCAGUGUUAAAUAUUAUCACAUCACCGGUAGAUGAACUUCAAGAUGCUGCAAUCUCGAUCUGGUAGAAGGUGAAGUUUCCUUUCAAGCACCCCAAUAUCUAUCACUUUCACUGCUAUCGGUCUUGUAUAGUUUUAUUGAUUCUAUUAUUUUAGUACAUCUCUGCUCCUGCAAUCUUGUUUUGUUCUGUAUUAUACACUUCCUCCGCACCCAGCAAUUUCCUGCAAUGUUGAGAAUUUAAAUUGAUUUUUGCUUGCUCAAAAUGCUGGAAUUCCUCAAAUUGUCCUUCUUCCUCUUUAUUUUAAAACCACAAUAUAGGUUCUGUAUAUAAUCAUUUCAUCCUCCCUCUUAUUUUUAAAUUGCAACCUUAAUCUCUUGAGAUAUGGAACAUAACUUUUCUUAGUCUUAAACAGUGGCAAAGCCAACACUAUCUCUGACCUAACUUGAAAGAAUUCAACCCAGUCUGUUAGAGACUGAUAGUCAAAAACCCUACAGAUAUUGAAAAUCCAAAAUAAAAAUAAAAAUCUGACAAAGCAUCGUGAAUGCAAAACAUUUACUCUGUUUCUCUUUCCAUAAUUUGCCUGAUCUGUUGAGUGUUUCUAGCAUUUUCUAUUUUUUGUUGUGGUUCUAAAAUUCUCAGUCUAUUUAUGAAUUUUUCAAUAACAGUACAUAAAAAAAGAAAAAGAGUGUUAUAAAAUCCAAACCACCUGCUAUGUUUUUGUGGUGCAUGGUUAUCCCAUUCUUUUCAAAUAAUUGAGUUUAUUUUUUGUUUAUUCAUGAUUGUGAUAUUGCCUAGUCAACUGGUGUCACUUUCAGAUGAAAAUUAAUCACUUACAGCUCUAUUACUUUCAUACACAUAUACCAUUUGACCGAGGCCCUACAUAAUUUUAACAUUCUGUUACCAUGUUGAUUUUAAAAUAAUGCAUCACAAAAGCUACUUCCUGAUCACCUCUGCAAUAUUGGCUACUUCUUCCCACUCUUUUUUUUGCCAUUAACACCCUAAUACAUUCCAUCCGAAUCCAACACUUAAGAAUUUUCCCUGUUGAUCACUCAUUUUCUACUUUAUCUGAAGGCCAACACAUUCAGAAUUUCACGUGAAUUCAAGACCAGCAGAAAAGCCAUUACAGGGAAAUGCCUGGUUCAAAUUUAAACUUUUUAUUCUUGGACAGCAGUACAGGAAAGGUUUAAUUUGAAAGAUCAUCGAAGCUGUAGUCUAUGGAGUCAAAGCAUGGAAAUAGACUGUUUGGCUCACCGUGACCCCACUGAUCAUUAAUCUAUUUGCCUUAUAACUAGUUUUAACACUAAUUCAAUGUGCUGCAUUAUGAUAAGGAUCAUAGGAAAAUAUUGUUUAAAAAAAUUGUCAAUUAUCUCGUUUAUGUGUGAAAUAUUCAAUUGCUAAGGUGUGCUCGUGAAAAUUAGCAAAUGGAUUGCCCAAAUACUUACAUGAAUGGAAAGAUAGCUCUUUACUCGGUAAAAUCUCAUUUUCAAAGUUCCCACCUUUAUUUUGAAAUGCCUGCAUGUCCUCACCUGUCUUUUUCUCUGUUUUAUCCUCCAUCCCCACACCCAUAGAUCUCCAGUUCUGGUCACUUGAGCAUCCCUACUUCUAAUCACUGCACCAUCAUCGGACAUGCGUUCAUCUUACAAUCCUCUACCCUCUGAAAUCCAAUCUCUGUGGCUCUCUUCUAUUUUUCCUUUAAAUUCUUCAACCAAGCUUGUAGUUGCCUGCACAAGAAUCCAUUAUUGUAUUUUAGUACUAAUGUUUAUUUGAUAAUAGAUAGAAGUGCAUGGAACAUUUUUAUUUGAUAAAGGUGCUGGAUAGAUACAAGACAUUGUUAUUGAUGGUGAAAUAUAUAUUAUAUUCAGUAUUGAACAAUGAACAUAAUAAGUUGAGAAAGUAAAUUAUAUCCGUCAAUACCAUUUCUGGGUUGUUCUCAGAAUUGUUGUCAAUAGAACAAUGUAAUAAACAAUAUGUUAAUCAGUG